AGCAACCAGAGUGUAAACAACGACAGUGAGCAACCAUGCCAAAGAGGAAACGGAAGACGAAGUCUGCCAGCAAAGGCAAAGAAAAAAUGAACCUAAUCAGCUUGGAAAGCCCAGACGUUAAAAAAAUGUUUGAAGGUACACAUGAAGUCGACUGGGGCAAGAACGAGGCUGACCUCCUUAAAAACUUCAAGAACUGCAAGAAAAACCCCGGUCACGUGUCUUUCAUUCCAUUCAAAGACUUGACCAUCUCUCGUCUGCCCGCGAGCUACCAGUCUGACCUGAUGCUGGCACUGAUACAAGCUAUGUCAGACAUCACAGUCAUGAUCAAGGUCAAGUACGUCAGUCCACAUAGACCCGAUAAGUUCCCGGAUUCGUUGGCGCCUUAUCCGUUUUCUGAGAUGAGAGGCAAGAGGAUUAUCCGGACCGGGACGGGGAGGUUGAGUUUCGUGCCGGAGGAUGUGGAUACGAGUUCCAGAACUUGUCCGUGUGCGAGUUGUCUAAAGUCGGACACGCCCAGCAAAGAAUGGGGGGUCAUACAAAUCUGCACGACAACUCACGUUGUGUUCGACGACCUUGAAGCUGCUAGAUCUACCGUUACGUUUGGAUACGAGGAUAAGGAUCAUCGCGGGCUGACGCUGGACGGGUGGAGGGCGGUGGGGGACGUCCCUCACGACUGGUGUGAGCUGCGGUGCUUGACGCAUGACGUCACGUUUGUCCAAGAAAUGGAAGAAAAAUCCAGAAGGUUCUACUCCUUAUGCCUGCAGGUCAAUGAGAUGUUCAAGUCCCUACAAGACAAAGAUAAACUGACCAUCAUUGUGUCCCACCCUCACGGCUGUCCUAAACAGGUGACCAUUGGUCAGUGGAAUCUAAGGUCCGUAGCUCUACUUGACGCCGACAGCAAUGACCAGUACACCAGGUACACGUACACAACGUGUACCUGCCCGGGCAGCAGCGGCGCCCCCGUGUACACCCUGGGGGACAGGUUCAUCUACUGCCACACCCACAGCGGCGCCAACGACGACGCCAACUACAGCGCCCUCAUGUGGGAGCCAAAUGAGCUGUACGCCCCACCACCGCAGACUUAAAACAUGA